AUGAUAUCGGUUUACUCAUACAUCUUCAGAGCUCUUCUAUUGCUCUCCAUCAGCUAUAGAACAUACAAAAAGCAGACUCUAACCAACCUUGGCUGCUUUACUGCUUUGGUUACUGGUUUAAUUCACUGUUUUCUACUAUCCUCUAACCUAUAUAUUCUCUUGGUGGUCUGGUUUUUUGUCUCCAGCACCUAUUUCACAAAGUUUAAAGCUCAGAGAAAGCUCAAAAAGUUGAUCACAGUCUCAAUCACUGACAAUCCUCAACACAAAAUCAACCACUCAGCCAGAAACCAUGUCCAGGUCAUAGCCAAUUCCUUCACCUCAACUGUUCUCAUCUUGGCAGUUUAUCUCUCAGACCUUGAAAACCGCUAUGUCUCGAGUUCUCAGUCAGUUCCCUCCAGCAAGUUAUACGAGUCUCUUAUCAUUGGAAUAAUCGCCAACUACUCCUCUGUUAUUUCAGACACCUGGUCCUCUGAGCUAGGAAUUCUAUCUGAAUCUUCGCCCAUCCUUAUCACUAAUUUCAAGAAAUGCCCUCCUGGAACCAAUGGUGGUGUAACUUUCUUUGGAUUGGCCUCUGGUGUGUCUGGGGCCUUGUCCAUUGCUAUUAUUUCAGUGGGGUUUCUCCAGUUUAUUUUCAAGGACUUUACAGUUCUCGAUGGGGGUGCCAGAGUGUUGCUGGUGUUCAGUUUGAUUGUUUUAAGUGGUUUGUUUGGCACUUUACUAGACUCUUAUAUGGGCGCUACGCUCCAGUUGUCUGUUGCAAGCUCUGACUCCCACAAGAUUAUCGAGUCUCUAAAUGGCGAAAAGAUUAGCUCUUUGCAAAAGAUUGAAAACAUCAAGAGGGUUUCUGGAUUAGAUAUUUUGAGUAACAAUGGUGUCAAUUAUUUGAUGACAUUGAUUACAAGUACAACCUUUAUGAUUAUUUAUUACUGUUUUACUUGA